AUGUCCACCAUCACCCGUACCCUCCGCAAUCUUUGGCGGAUCGGUCUCCGCGACUAUGGUCACCAGAUGCAGUAUAUCGGUGAUACAAAAGCUGGUACCUUGGUUGGAAUGGAUAGAUAUGGCAACAAAUACUACGAGAACUUGACGGAAGAGCUUCCUCUGCGGACGCGAUGGGUCGACUACAAGGACAGGGAGCUCGAUGCAAGCCAGAUCGACCCAGGUUGGCAUGCCUGGAUGAGCUACUUGGUCGACAAGCCGCCCGUCGAAGACAAGAUCAUGCAGUUUGGACUGCGGCCGUGGGAGAGCAAAGAGCCUAAGAUCAAUUUGACCCAGAGCAGAGGAGCUUAUCGCCCAUAUUCUACGACCAAACCAAAGUACAGCGCAUGGGAUCCCGUCGCAAAACCCAGGGAUGGUUCGACCCCGUUCGCAGGUCGAGACAUUCGAGAGUGA